CGUUCCCCGAGCUCCACUCUGGAUUUACAUACCCUGAUUUCCGUGGGACUUGGAAGCGACAGAGGAGGGCGGUGCGUCUUUCAGGAACCGAGGAAACGACCGCAAAUAGCGCAACUGAACAAGUUUCAGGAGGGUGUCCUACUCUUCGGUUCAACUCUCGACUUUUUAUCCACUCGCAGACCGAGCCACUUUCCCAGUCCCUCUUCCACUUCCCCUCCGCGGACCCGUUUCUUUUCGGCUGGAACGGUCUGGAAGUCUUCAGGGGGAGUCGGGAAGUUGAGCUACGCUGACGCCGGUUGGAAGGGCUGUGGCCAUGGCCGGGGGUGGUGGCGGUGGGGUUUCUCCAUUGGGGCCCGUUCCGCCGAUGUGGUAUCACCGGGACCUGAGUCGGGCUGCGGCCGAGGAGCUGCUCGCCCGAGCCGGGAGAGACGGCAGCUUCCUGGUGCGGGACAGCGAGAGUGUCAACGGAGCCUACGCUUUGUGUGUACUGUUUCAGAAGCAUGUCCACACUUACAGAAUUCUCCCCGAUGAAGAAGGUUUUCUGGCUGUGCAGACAUCUCAAGGCGUGCAGCCCAAACGGUUCAAAACGUUACCAGAGCUUGUGUCAUUAUAUCUGCAGCCCAGUCAGGGUUUGGUUACAACGCUGCUUUACCCUGUGGACAGAGAGGAAACUGCCAUCAGCGAUGACCGCGACUAUUCUGAUGGAGAGGAUGAGAAGCCCCCUCUCCCUCCUCGCUCCGCCUCUACCUCUACCCCACCGGGACCUGAGACUCCUACUGAAAGCUCCCCGGCAGCCAACGGCCUCAGCACCAUCUCCCAUGAGUAUCUGAAGGGCAGCUACGCUCUUGACCUGGAGGCGGUCAAGCAGGGCGCCUGCUCGCUUCCUCAUCUCAACAAAACACUAGUGGCUUCAUGCAAACGUCUUAAUGGGGAGGUGGACAAGGUUCUGUCUGGCCUGGAGAUCUUGUCCAAAGUAUUUGAUCAGCAAAGCGCUUUUAUGGUUUCGAAGAUGAUCCAACAGUCAGUGAAUCAGGGAGGAGACCAAGAGUUAGAGAACCUUGUAACGAAACUGGCCAUUCUCAAAGACCUACUGUCAUCCAUAGAGAAGAAGGCCCUAAAAGCUCUUCAGGACAUGAGUUUGUCUUCUCCCUGCUCGCUCCCUCCUCUCUCCAUGCGACACAGCAAAGCUAUCCCAGUCCAGGCCUUUGAGGUGAAACUGGACAUGUACCUUGCAGAGCUGACCAAGAUUGGCAAGAGUCAGAAGUACACUCUGUCCGUGGACGUGGAGGGUGGACGUUUGGUUGUCAUGAAGAAGGUGAAAGAUAGUCAGGAAGACUGGACCACCUUCACACAUGACAAAAUCCGUCAGCUGAUCAAGUCUCAGCGGGUGCAGAAUAAGCUGGGUAUUGUUUUUGAGAAGGAGAAGGACAAGAGCCAGAGGAAAGACUUCAUUUUCGCAAGUGCCAAGAAGCGAGAGGCAUUUUGCCAACUGCUUCAGCUGAUGAAGAAUAAACAUUCUCAUCAAGAUGAACCGGACAUGAUCUCCGUCUUCAUUGGCACCUGGAACAUGGGCUCCGUGCCUUCGCCUAAAUCUGUGGCUUCUUGGGUGUUGUGUCGAGGUCUGGGGAAGACUCUGGAUGAGAUGACUGUGACCAUCCCACAUGACCUGUACGUCUUCGGAACGCAGGAAAAUUCAGUGGGUGAUCGAGAGUGGGUGGAGUCACUACGGGUGGUUUUGAAAGAACAGACGGAACUGGAUUAUAAACUGGUAGCAUUGCAGACUCUGUGGAACAUAAAGAUUGCUGUGUUAGUGAAACCGGAACAUGAAAACCGGAUCAGCCAUGUGGGAAUGUCAAGUGUAAAGACCGGAAUCGCCAAUACACUGGGCAACAAAGGUGCAGUGGGUGUGUCCUUCAUGUUUAACGGAACGUCUUUUGGUUUUGUCAACUGUCACUUAACUUCAGGGAAUGAGAAAAUUGCACGGAGGAACCAGAAUUAUGUUGAUAUCCUGAGGCUGCUUUCGUUGGGAGACAAACAGUUGAGCUCCUUUGAUAUUUCUCUUCGCUUCACUAACCUUUUCUGGCUGGGAGAUCUCAAUUACAGGCUGGAUAUGGACAUCCAGGAAAUACUUAACUAUAUUAACAGAAAAGAGUUCGAGCCGCUGCUAAAGGUGGACCAGCUCAACCUGGAAAGGGAGAAGAACAAAGUCUUUUUACGAUUUGCUGAGGAAGAGAUUUCUUUCCCUCCCACCUAUCGCUACGAACGUGGCUCGAGGGACACGUACGUCUGGCAGAAGCAGAAAGCCACAGGGAUGAGGACGAAUGUUCCAUCCUGGUGUGACAGAAUCUUGUGGAAGUCGUAUCCAGAAACACACAUUGUCUGCAACUCUUACGGCUGUACGGAUGACAUUGUGACGAGUGAUCACUCCCCCGUGUUUGCCACAUUCGAAGUUGGAGUGACCUCACAGUUUGUCUCCAAAAAAGGCCUUCCUAAGUCUUCUGAGCAGGCCUACAUCGAGUUUGAGAGCAUCGAGGCGAUCGUGAAGACGGCCAGUCGGACUAAGUUCUUCAUUGAGUUCUACUCUACGUGUUUGGAAGAGUUUAAGAAAAGUUACGAGAAUGACAGUCAGAGCAGCGACAACGUCAACUUCCUGCGCGUGGGCUGGUCCAGCAAGCAGCUGACGACGCUCAAACCUCUUCUGUCCGACAUCGAGUACCUGCAGGACCAGCACCUGCUGCUAACUGUGAAGUCUCUGGACGGCUACGAAUCCUACGGAGAGUGUGUGUUGGCGCUGAAAUCGAUGAUUGGUAGCACAGCACAGCAGUUCCACACCUACCUGUCACACCGCGGCGAGGAGACAGGAAAUAUCAGGGGGUCCAUGAGGGUCCGAGUCCCUUCUGAGAGAAUGGGAACCCGGGAGAGACUCUAUGAGUGGAUCAGCGUGGACAAAGAUGAAACAGGGAUUCCAAAAGGGAAAUCAACAAUCGCGACCAGAACGGGACACGAAUAUGUGAAGCCAUCAGCGGUGCGUAAGCAGCUGGGGGAGCUGGGGAAAGUCAGUGAGGAAGGAGAGAAGACCAGCAAGGAGGAAAGCGCUGCGAGGCCCAAACAGGACCCCGCAGAUGGAGAUGCUUCAGUCAGCAAGAACAGCUACAACAAUCCGGCCUACUACAUCCUGGAAGGUGUUCCUAACCAGUCUGCAGCCGCCAUAUCCCCAGAGGCCCUCCACUCCCCGACCUCCCCUGCGCCUCCUAAAACUCCCGCUCCUGUGGCCGGGGCUCGAUCCAAGCCCCCCUGCCCUUCCGCAGCAGCCCCUCACAUCCGCAGACCUCUGACUGCUCACCCUGUCCGGGCCAUAAGUGAGGAGGGGUCUUCAGAGGACGAUGGAAUUUGCGCAGUGCAGGUAGGAGCCGCAGUUGGGACGACGCUGAAUCGACCUCCUCCGGACUUCCCACCACCUCCACUUCCCAAAGGAGCCUUAGAGAUGGAGACACCUUUCCCCAAACCUCGCUCUUUGUACCCGGAUCUAGCGGAGGUCAGGAUUCCUGCUGCAAGCUCUGCGGCACCCUUAGCUCUCGGUGAUGGUUUCAGGCGAGCAGGAGGAGGGGGAGCAGGAGCCGGAGCAGGAGGAGGACUGCUGGAUGACCAGUCCUGUUCUGUGCUUCAAAUGGCAAAGACACUCAGCGAGAGUGAGUUUUCUGGGCCCCCGCCUCGAGCUCCCUCCGCUCCACCGCCUCUCAGGGGACCUAUAAUGGGGUUAGGCUUGGAAGCCUGCAGGACUUUCCCGCCCAGGAGCACCAUCACAGAGAGCAUCGCUGAAGAUCUGCCAGAAGAGGCACUUUGGGGCAGCAGCAGCUCCUCUCUGUCCGUGGGGGAGUCCUCGGUGGGGGAGUGGCUGCAGCGGCUGGGACUGGAGCGCUACGAGCAAGGACUCCUGCACAACGGCUGGGACGACCUGGAGUUCCUCAGUGACAUCACAGAGGAAGACCUGGAGGAGGCGGGCGUGUUUGACCCUGCUCACAAACGAAUUUUGCUGGAAAGUCUACAACAGCAACUGCAGCAGCCACAGAAAUGAUCUGGGCCUCAGCUGCUGUGUGGGGCCACAGGAGGUGGCCAUCUCCCAUGAGUGCCGGACUGUGCCUUUGGAAAUUGCACUUGAGGUUUUUUUUUUCCAGUCAGAAACACUUAGUUUCUCACGUACUGUAAGUUCAGUUUUCCUAUUUACAAUGGUUGGAUCCGCAGCGUAACCUUCGCUUUGCUCUGAGCUUGAAGGACACGUGCAGAUGUUCUACGUCCUGUUGACGUAGCAGUUCUGAUCCGCUGCCUCCAGGUGGUGUUGGAGGAAGCGCAACUUUAGUGGACUCAAUGGAACUGCUCUUCACACAGUCUCAGGUAACCGCUCCACCACUUCCCUGAUGUUGUGUUGGUCUCUCUUGUCGUACGGUGGACCACUCUGAAAUUUACACCGCCCCACUUGGAAGAAGGUCCAGUGCUACUAAAGGUCUGAAGAAUGGGCAUCUGAUGGGAAUUGAAGUUGUUCAAACCUCUUAAAUGUGCAGGAGGACAGUGUGAGCUCCAGACAGUGUGAGGACCCUUGACUGAGGCAGGUGUACCUACAAUAUUAGUCGCAUGGUUGUGUGUCCGACUGGCGUUUCUCAGCAGAACUCUCAUGUUGUGCUUCGGAACUAUUCCCGUGCUGCUCAGCACCCCGGGGUGUGUUCGUGUUUCACGGUGUUGUUGGAAAGGGAAUAUAGAUCCGAUCAACCAAACACAAAGAAGAAUCCAGAAGUUGUGCUCUGGUCAACGUUUCUCACUUCCGUCUACAACUCAAUCAAGCCAAUCCUUUUUUUUUCCCAGCCCGUGACUGAUAUAUAAAUAUAUUUUUCUCACUUACGCUGCCUUUUUAUUUCGGCACAGCCAUGUAAUUCUCUGGUUUGACCAGGAGGUGACGCUGCUACACAACUUAGACUGAAAACAGCAGGGAAUCCAGAUUUAUAAUGACCUGCUCGUUUAUUUUUAAGUGAUGGUUUCUAAACAUUGAAUACCAGCUACCCGGAAAAUAGAUUGUAUGACAUGGAAUUUUCACAUCCUGUUUUCUAAGUCCUCGAUAUCGAUUUCUGAUUGUUUCUCUUGCUUUCUCCAUGUGAGCUGUUUGUGUGUGUGUGUGUUUUCAUGUAUGCUCGUGGACUCUUUAACACACUCCAUCUUUUGGUUGCAUUAAGUUAAUGUAAAUUACUAAACUUUUUUCAAUUAAAAUAUAAAGAUAGACCUCUGUAUUGCCUGUCAAUGAUUUCUGCAUUUUUGAGUGUCUUGUCAGUCAUCUAAUUCUUUUAGUUUUUAGGUUUUGUCACAGAUGAAGUCUCUGCCAAAAUGUGUGUGUUUUGCUAUCACAUCAGAUUUCUGUUUGUCUGCAUUUUAACGUAAUAUUUCAGGGCAGCCUACUGAUUUUUUUUUUGUGCGUGUGUUUUUAAUAUCGUUUAUUUUCACGUGAGAUAGUAAUCUCACUCUU